AUGGAACAAUUUCUAUUAUGUUUUCAAUGUGGAAAACUUUAUGACGAAGAUGAAGGAAGAUCUCCUGUGAAGGGAGAAUGUUCUCAUUCAAUUUGUUUAUUGUGUUAUUCUAUGCUGACGAGUAGUUCCGAUUGUCCAGUUUGUGAUGAAGAACUAACUCUAAAAGAACCAACUCUCUAUGAACCAACUCUCAACAAAUCGAUUCUGAAAGAUGCGAACUGUUUGAAACUGAAAAUGGGAGAAGACAAUUUCAGCAGCAUUGUCGAGAACAAGCGAGAGAAUCUACUGAGAAAUACUUGUUCGGAAUGUUCCAAAGAAAAUGUAAAACUGAGAAUAUGUGUUGAUUGCAACAAAGAAUCAGGAAUAUUGAUGAAGAAACUAGAAGAUAGGGAUUGGAUUGUUCAGUACUUUCCUGAACACUUCACGAAUAUUCCAUCUAUUUGUUCCAAUUGUGUUUUCUCAAAACACGAAGAACAUAAAACUGUGAAUCUCCAACAAAUAGUCAAUUUAAAAGAAGUUAUCGCUUGUGAAUGUUAUCUGAAAUUUUCGAGAAGAGAUCAUACGAGAGCUGGUUUAUACGAGAGGAGACUCAGGACAUAUGAAACUUGGAUGACUUUUUACAAGCUAUUCACGACGGAUGAAAUUAAUAUAUUUAAAGAAUUGGAAGAUAUUCCAGAGGAAAUGAAAGAUCUUUCAAGGAAAUUCAGAUUGGAAAUUCAGAAAUUGGUAGAGGAAGUUGUAAAACAAAGAAAUCGAGAACUGAAAUUUUACCAAGAAUCCGUAGUAUCGGAUAUCCCAAAGUACGAAGAAAUGAUUGAAGAAGCAGAAAAUGAGACGAGUAGAGAAGAUAUGAAGAAUGAACUAAGUCAAUUGGUGGAGAUAAGGGAGAAAAUUGGAAUGAAGAUGAAUGAAAUUCAGUUAGGGGAAAUUGAGAUCGAAGAAAUGGACAAAGAAAUUGUGUCGAGAAUGGAACAGUUGGAAGAAUCGUAUAAGAAAGGAGUACUAGUAUUGAUAGAACAGUCAGAGGAAUCCACUUUUUACAGAUAUCAAGCUCUUCUCGAAGAAUUUCAAAAGACUGAAGAAUGCAUAAAAUGCGAAUUCGAACUAGAAGAAUACAACGAAAAAAGGAAAAUUAUUUCGAUGAAACAAGAAAAAUUCAAAGAGAUUCAGAUGAGAAUUGAAGAUCUGAGAAAGCAAAAAGAACAAGUUAUGUUUGAGAAAGGAUCAUGCAGUAAGUGCGAGAGAGAGAAUCAGAAUCUUCGAUUCUGUAAAGAUUGUGCCAAGUCUGGAUAUUCAAAUACAUUGAAAAUGGGUCCGAAUGGAAAAUGGAUAGUUUUGCGAUCGACUACUGGUAUUCUCAUUUCCUGUGAAGAUUGCUCAGUUGCCGAAUGUCAAAACCAUGAAUUCAUUUCAAUUAGAGACGUUGACAACUUGAAAGAUGUCACUGAAUGGACUAAAAUAUCAGGAUACUUUCCUUCAUUUAAAGAUGAGUAUAUUAUUGAUUAUUUCGGGAAGUCAGUCAAAGAAAUGGUAUCAAUCGAGAAUAAAUGGAAAGAGUUGAAGGAGUCGAAAGGAUGUGAAUGUUUCAGACGUGUAAUACGUCUGGAGUUGAAAGAAUCUAUCCUCAAAUGCUUGAAUCUCAAAAAGAGAGAAAUGUUAUUCUACAAAGAUCGCCUGAAUACUUUUCUGAAUUUAUAUGAAACAAAACUAGCAGGAAUCGAGGAAUCAGAAGCAAAGUGUCGACUUCAGAAUACCAUCUACAAAUUGAAAGAAAUUCAGGAUAAGUUGUCGGAUGGAACCAAGAAUUGGUUGAGUUCGGAAGAAGUCGAUUUGAUCGAUUUGGAGAUAGAAGGAAAAAUGUUGAAAUUGGAGAAUGAGUAUAGACUGAAAUCGUUUAUUCAAGUAGAGCAAGUGGAUGGAUAUUUCAAAUAUCGUUCGUUAAUUGAAGAAUUGAAAGCUGCCGAUGAUGAACAGAAAGAGGCGAAAAAGAAAUGGGAAGAGACGAGAAAAGAAGUGGAGGACUAUAAAAAGGAACAUCAACACAAUUUUGAAGACUUGAAGAACGCAAUGACCAGUUUAGAAAAACACAAAUCAUCGAUACCAGAGAAAGAAUUCGAGAAUCGAAUCGAGUAUGUAGAACAAUACCAUGAAAUACUUCGACAGGAUCAAUGGGCAGAACAGAUGAAAGUUGACAAACGAGUCAUUGAAUGUAACAGAGCUUUUUCUCGUAAAUGUUUUGCAGAAUUGAUGAUUUUGAAUUACUUUCCGAUUCCUGUCGAUUCUGAAAUUCUGAAUUACUUUGAACUCAUUCGUGAAUUCAAAAAUGAUAAUAAUUUGGCGCCAAAUUUGGUUUGA